AUGAAGAUCACGGAUAAGCUUAAUCAGGCUCAUGUUGGUAUAGCAAACCCACCACCAGCAACGUUUUCGUUUGAGUUCUUCGUUCCCAAGACGGCACAAGGUGUGCAGAACUUAUACGAUAGAAUGGAUAGAAUGUAUGACUUGAACCCCAUCUUUAUUGAUAUCACUUGGAAUGCGGGUGGUCGUUCAUCAACAUUAACUAAUGAGAUGGUGUACACUGCACAAAGUACCUUAGGUUUAGAAACGUGUAUGCAUUUAACCUGUACUAACAUGCAGGUUGAAUUGAUUGAUGAAGCGUUGGACAAGGCUUACAAAUCAGGAUGUCAAAACAUUUUGGCAUUAAGAGGUGACCCUCCAUUGGAUGGUAGUGAGUCUACUGGUGAUUUCAAAUAUGCAAAAGAUUUGGUUAGGUAUAUUCGUAAAAGAUAUGGCGACCAUUUCAAUAUUGGAGUAGCAGCUUAUCCAGAAGGACAACCAGAAGAAGAAGAUGAAGUAAAAACAUUACACUACUUGAAAGAGAAAUGUGAUGAAGGAGCUGAUUUCAUCAUUACUCAAAUGUUCUAUGAUGUUGAUAAUUUUAUCUCUUGGUGUGAGAAAUUGCGCAAAAUUGGUAUUGAAAUCCCCAUUAUCCCUGGUAUUAUGCCUAUUUCGACUUAUGCUGCAUUCAUCAGAAGAGCUAAUUGGUCACAAAUCAAGAUCCCACAACAUUUCCUUGACGCAUUAGACCCAAUCAAAGAUGAUGAUUACUUGGUUAGAGAAAAGGGAACUGAAUUGGUUAGUGACAUGUGUAAUAAACUCAUUGAAUCUGGUUAUGUCAACCAUUUACACUUCUACACCAUGAAUUUAGAGAAAUCUACAGUUAUGGCUUUGGAAAAACUAAAUCUUAUUGAAGCCGUCAAAUCUCACGAAGUUGUUGGAGGUACCGAAUUACCUUGGAGAAAAUCAUUACACCCCGAAAGAUCCAAAGAAUCAAUCCGUCCUAUUUUCUGGCAAAAUAGAAAAUACUCCUACAUUUCCCGAACUGCUACUUGGGAUGAAUUUCCCAAUGGUAGAUGGGGUGAUUCUCGAUCACCUGCUUUUGGUGAUAUUGACCUUUGUGCAUCGGAAUUAUUGAGACAAUCACCUAAACGAGCAUUGGAAUUAUGGGGUGUACCACAAAAUUUAAAACAAUUGAGUGAUUUGGUGGUUUCUUACUUGUCUGGAGAGUUAAAAUCAUUGCCUUGGUCUGAUGGAGCAGUUGGUGAAGAUACAAAAGUCAUUGUUGAUGAUUUAAUCAAUUUGAACAAACGUGGUUUAUUGACCAUGAAUUCUCAGCCAGCCUUAAAUUCGGUGAAAUCGUCGGAAAAGGUGUUUGGUUGGGGACCUAAGAAUGGUUAUGUUUACCAAAAACAAUACUUGGAAUUCAUUUGUCAUAAAGACGUAGUGGAUAAAUUGUUGACACGUAUUUACGACUUCAACAAAUCUCAAGGUGAUGCAUCAAGUUCAAUAAUUUCAUAUUAUGCCGUUGACUUGUCGGGAAAUUUACAAACAAAUUGUAAACCUGAUGAUAUUAAUGCUGUGACAUGGGGGGUUUUCCCGGGAGAAGAAAUUUUACAACCAACCAUUGUCGAACAAACUUCAUUCUUGGCUUGGAAAGAUGAAGUUUAUCGAUUAUUUUCUGAAUGGAAUAAAGUCUUAUCUUCAAAUUUAGUUGAUAUUGAUGAUGAAUCCAAAUUGCACAAUUUCACUCAUUUGAUGAAUGAAGUGGGACAUGAUUUUGUCUUGUGUAAUUUGGUCAACAAUGAUUUUAUUGAUUCUAAUUCAACUUUGUUUAAUUUGAUUUAUGAUUUGAACUUGCCUGAGUUGUCAUAG